UCACAACACUCACUCAACACACACAUUUCAUCUCCAACAAUUAGCACAAGCCGGAGCUCCUACAUACCAACACACAACACCUCUCAUCUCUCUCUCUCUCUCUCUCUCAAGCAAAUCAAGGUUUCAGUUUCAAUAAUUCGUUCCGGUUUCAGUUCAAAUUACAGUCUAAGAUCAGAUAUGGCCUUAGAAGCUUUGAAUUCUCCUACAGCAGCAGGACCUACCUUCCCCUUUGAAGACCCCAAACUCGUAGAAGCAUGGGUCAAGCGCAAGCGCUCCAAGCGUCCACGCCUCGACCACGCUCCAACAGAGGAAGAGUAUCUUGCUCUCUGCCUCAUCAUGCUUGCUCGAGGCACCACCGCCUCUGAGCGCCACUACUCGCCCGCACCGCCCCCGCCGCGACCAUCAGUGACUUUGGAUCAGAAGCUUAGCUACAAGUGUAGUGUGUGUAACAAGGCCUUCUCGUCCUACCAAGCGCUCGGUGGACACAAGGCCAGCCACCGAAAGGGAAGCGAUGAGCAAUCAAUCUCCACCACCACCAGCUCCGCCACCGCGGUGUCCAACGGUAGUGGUAGGGUUCAUGAGUGCUCUAUUUGUCACAAGACCUUCCCCACCGGUCAGGCCCUUGGCGGCCACAAGCGCCGCCACUACGAAGGCGGCGCGAGCGGUGGCGGUGUUUCUGUUUCUGAAGGUUUCGGUUCCACCAAAACGCAGAGCAACACUACCAACAGCAGCAGCCACCGCGAGUUUGACCUCAAUCUCCCCGCCUUGCCGGAUUUCUCAUCGGGAUUCUUUAUCUCUCGUCAUGACGACGAGGUCGAGAGCCCACACCCGUCGAAGAAACCCCGUGUUUUGACGCAGCCAAAAAUGGAAGUCUAAUAUAGCAGAUUCAAGUAGAGAUUGAUUGAUUAGAUUCAUAAAUCAAUUCCUUUAAUUUGUUAGAAUGAUUGAUUAUUUUUCGCUGUACAUAUCUUCAUCUUCAUCAUCAUCUCAGUUUCUAUUUGUACCAGUGGUUAUUCAAUUAAUUUUUUCUUUUUACUUAAUUUUCUUA